CUUUAUCAUGAGAAUAAAGCCCAUCCAACAAUGCAAACAACGGAUGGUCCCACCAAUACUACUAUCCUCUUCCUCUUCUUUGUCUCUGCAAAUUUUAAUCAAAUAAAUAAUCGGAUCCGAUCGGAUCGGAGUUAAAGCUGAUUUCACCAUCACACUGCCUCUUCGGUAUUCCUACUUCUCAGUUCCGACUUGACCCACCGAUUCCAUCCCCAAGAUGCCAUAUUCAAGACAAAGAAGGUCUCCUUCACCAGAGUCACCUGGUAGAGGAAACCGACGGUCAAGAUCAUUGUCCUUGACGAGGUCAAGGAGAAGCCGUUCAAGGAGUCCUGAGGAUGUAGUCAACCCUGGGAAUAACUUGUAUGUGACAGGCUUAUCGACAAGAGUUACCACUGAUGAUCUUGAGAAGUUUUUUGGAAAAGAAGGAAAGGUUUUGGAGUGCCAUCUGGUUACAGAUCCUCGCACUAGGGAAUCUCGUGGAUUUGGGUUUGUCACUAUGGAAACUCUUGAAGAUGCUGAGCGCUGUGUUAAACAUUUAAAUCGUGCAGUUCUUGAAGGUCGAUUAAUCACUGUAGAAAAGGCGAAACGGAAGCGAGGAAGGACACCAACUCCGGGCAGGUAUCAAGGUUUGCGAGAUAAGCGAGGUGGCCAUGGUAAUAGACAUUCUCGUAGCUACUCACCACGUCGAUGGCCAGACAGAGAUCCCUAUUCUAGGGAUCAAAGGAGAAGAUCAAGAUCUCCAUAUGAUAGAAGGCGCAGGGAACAGUCCCCACCAGCUGGUUAUCGUAGAUAAACACAUGAUCCAAGCCAGGCCGAGCCAAGCUGUGACUUGACUCUUGUUCAUCAGCACUGAGGGCUUUCGGUUUUUUCUCUGCUAAGUGUACGUUAUCAGCUACUAAUUGUCCUCUAAUUCUAUUAUGUCCUGUGUUUCUAUUAUAUCGUGUAGUAUCUUAACAGCAUUGUCUCUGUUCCUUGUUUCUGCUAAUCCACUCGUGCGGUAUGACAUUUGUAUCUCGACAACAUUGCCCUGUAAUUGCAAGAUUAUGUAGAUGUAUGUGUGUUUCUGUA